AUGGCUCCCGUCUACUUUUCCCUCAUUCUCAUCGACCAGUUUAUUCAGGAGCAGAUUCGUCGGCACUUAGACAGGUUGUGGCCUCCAAAGGGACUCGAGGAAGGUGGACGCCUUUCAGGUCGGCAGAAGAGGUACCUGUGGGACUGUGCCUUCUAUGCCCUCGAGGCUCUCGAGAAUGGGACUUUCGCCCGCUUCGUGGCGGAUGUGGUCAUGCGUUUCUACGUGACUUGGAAAAUCGCCUACAAGCCUUCCUGGACGGUGAAAAGGCAGGUCGAGGAGGACUUCGUCAGCAUUCUCGUGGUCCUUCAUCAAGGUUACCUUCACGGAAGGUGGGUGACGCCGGAGUUGUCGUGGCCUAUGAUGCUGGCGUUGGACAGCAAUGAGUGGGAAGGGUACAUGCGCCCCCUUCGACAAGAAUUGGAGCCAGUCCUGCAGCGUAAGGACGAAAUCGAGGUCUUCAACAUGCUCUUGCACCCCGCUGCGGUAGCGCCUGCUGAAGGCAAUCCUUCAAUGUCCGAUGGCGACCACGGUGAAGACGACGAGUCCGAAUCCAGCGGGGCCGACCGUAUGAGCGAUGUCGACGAGAACUCCGACUCCCAAAGUUGCACCUCCGAGAACGACAACGAGGACGACGACGAUGAUGAUGAUGACGACGAUGAUGACGACGAUGGUGACGACGAUGAUGGCGACGACCGCCGAAAUGGGACCGACGGUGCCAUUCCUGCGUCUGAGAGCUGCAGUCCUUCGCACCGCACCCCAUCCCCUCGCAAGCCUGCGCCGGAAGUUAUACCAUACGAUUGGUUGGAGUACCUGAAAAGCAUCAAGGACCCCGAACCCUCCGAUUCCGAAUCAUCGAUGGAUUGCUAUACCCCGUUGCGCUUCCAACGCUCGCCUAGCCCUUUAGGCGUGCGCCACGUUACCCCGCCCGUCGACGAUCGAGAGGGAGAGAGCAUGGACGCCGAUGCGGACAUUAGCGUAGAGUACUGA